AUGAUGAGGUUAGUUCACAUCAAUGUUUGCUCAACUAAACUUCUUGUUUAUAGUUGAACUAAUUAUAGGUUCAGCAAAUUAUUAGUACGAAACUACGGUAGUUUUCUAGAAAUAGAUUACGUAUGAACUCAAAUGUUCUAUGAACAGAGAGGGAUCAAAAUAUCAUAAUUUAAUAAUUUCAGUCGUAAAAAUGAAACUCGACGAGAUCGACGAAUUCGAGCGAUGGGAACAAUAUCAUCAGAUUCAGUAGCAAUUGAUGUUCCAUAUAAUCCGCCAGCACAAUCAAAUCAUACAACAACAGUUAGUCAGCCAAAUCCACCAAGUGAGUUUUGUUUUGCAAAUAUUGUUUUUUUUAUUUCUACCGCAAAAUAGUUAAAUAAUAUCACAAAUAUUUUUCAGGUUAUUAUGCUGAAGUAAUGUCGACAGAUGCAUCUGCUCUUUAUCCAGUUUAUGUUCCACCAUAUGCUGCUCCUUUAAUGUCACUCCGUGAUCCUCGACAAUUUCAAGGUUUACCUGGAUUGGCUGCUCCUCCACCAUAUCCACCACCACCUAGUUAUAGUCAGAUUUCUAAUUUCCCCGAACUCCCAUCAGCUUCACAUACAAUCGUUGACGCAGCUCAACAACCUCGAAUAACUAAAAAAGUUGAGGAUGUGACACCAGUUGAAUGA